AUGGCUCCUUCUCUGCAGUUCCUUUUGUUCCUUUCAGGAACUUUGCUCUUUAUGCAGACUGCGGCAGAGGCUGCAGCUUGUAGCGACUGUUUCAUUCAUUCUAGGGCAGCUUACUAUCCAAAUUCUGAUGCAAAUGGAACAAAUACAGGCAGAUGUGGAUAUGGUUCAUUUGGAGCAACACUGAAUGAUGGGGAUGUAUCAACUGUAUCUGACCUCUACCGUGAUGGUGUUGGCUGUGGUGCUUGCUACCAGGUAAGGUGCACCAACAGUUACUAUUGCACGGACAAAGGAGUGACCGUUGUUGUAACCGACCAAGGAUCGAGUCAUAACACCGACUUUAUUCUCAGCAGAAGGGCCUUUGGUCGGAUGGCUCAAACCACAUAUGUGGCCGCAUCUUUAUUAGCCCUUGGAGUAGUUGAUGUUGAAUAUAGACGUGUUUCAUGCAGCUAUCCAAACAAAAACAUAACCAUCAAAAUCGAUGAGAACAGCAACUACCCUUACUAUUUGGGUUUUGUCAUUUGGCAUCAACAAGGAAGGAGGGAUAUCACUGCUGUUCAGCUAUGUGAGACACAAAAUUUUGUAUGCAAGCUCUUGGACAGAAGCUAUGGAGCUGUAUGGACAACUACCUCACCCCCCAGUGGACCCUUGUCACUUAGAAUGUUAUUUACUGAUGAGGAUGGAGAUGAGACAUGGGUAGUUCCAGUCAACAACAUACCUAAUGACUGGAAAGCUGGACAAACAUAUGAUACAGGAGUACAAGUGAACUCGUAA